AUGAUGAGUAAUAUGAGCUCUUUUAAUACCAGGUCGGCGGUCAUGUACCUGUUAAGUAAUAUGGAGUCCAAGAAAGAAGCUGAGAAGUACCUUAAGUUCUUUACUUCUGUUGCAGAACAACAGUUCGCUGUGAUUAAAGUAGGUGGGGCAAUAAUUAGUGAAAAUUUAGAGGAAUUGGCUUGUUGUUUGGCUUACUUGUAUCAUAUUGGGUUAUACCCUAUAGUCCUUCAUGGUACUGGUCCACAAGUUAAUUCUAGGCUGAAGAAACUUGGGAUCGAGCCCAAUUACGUCGAUGGAAUCAGAGUGACAGAUCCAGAGACCAUGACAGUUGUUCGUGAAUGUUUCCUUGAACAAAACAUGAAGUUAGUUACUGCUUUGCAAAAAAUGAAUGUGUUGUCUAGGCCUAUUUGUACUGGAGUGUUUGAAGCGGAGUUCCUCGAUAAAGAAAAAUAUGACUUAGUCGGCAGAAUAACAAAGAUUAAUAAGUAUCCAAUUGAAGCUUCAAUAAAGGCGGGGGCAUUACCAAUUUUAACUUCUUUUGCUGAAACUCCUUACGGUCAAAUGUUGAACGUGAACGCUGACAUUGCGGCCAGCGAGCUAGCGCAAGCCUUUCAGCCGCUGAAAAUUAUAUACCUCAAUGAAACAGGAGGUAUUAUAAACGGAGAAACUGGUGAGAAAAUCUCUGUUAUUGAUUUGGAUGCCGAUUACGAAGAGUUGAUGAAACAGUCUUGGGUAAAGUAUGGUACUAAAUUGAAAAUCGAGCAAAUCAAAGAACUGCUUUAUAAUUUGCCACGGUCUUCAUCUGUUGCUAUCGUGGACGUGCAAAAUCUACCCAAGGAAUUGUUUUCUGAAUCCGGAGCUGGCACAUUGAUAAAGAGAGGUCAUAGAGUAGUGAAGAUAUCCUCGAUUAGUGAUCUUUCCUCGAAAGAAGAUCUUGUAAGCCUGUUAGAGAAGACUGGCGAGUUUGCAAGUCCGCAACAAUUAGCAGAUCAGUACGCAAGUCAGUUAGAGCAGUCUAAAAUAGCAAUUUAUGCAGUUGAACCUUCAGACUGUAUGGCAAUUGUGAACAAGGAAUUAGAAGUCCCUAAGAUUGAAAGCUUUGUGUGCUCUAGCAGUGGUUGGUUGAAUAACGUUUCAGAUAUUAUAUUUCGCUCAAUGAAAUCAGACUUGCCUUCGCUACAGUGGGUUGUCCAGGAUUUUGACCCUCAUUUCAGUUGGCACUUUGAAAACUCAGACGGUUCAUACAGCAAGAACGGCCAGGUCUUAUUUUGGUACGGCAUUGGUGAGCUCGACGUAGUAUCCGCAACAAUCAAGGAUUUUAUUAGUUCACAGAAACUUAUUCAAAGUGCGGAUGGUAAUGAAUCUUCGGAGGCCGGCAGUGCUUGUUUAGCUGAGUUGCAAAACGCUCAACCGAAAGUAAAAGCUGCUACCAAAAUCAGCACUAGCAAAGUUGCAAUAGUUGGAGGCAGAGGAUACACCGGUCAGAAUAUAAUCCGUUUGAUACAGAACCAUAAGUAUUUGGAACUGAAACAUGUUGGUUCACGUAUGAAGAAGGGCUUAAAGGUGGAAGAGUACCAUAAGUCUGAGCUCAUUUACGAGGACCUCUCCGAAAAUGACGUAUACAACAUGGAACUCAAUGGAGAGAUUGACAUUUGGAUAAUGGCAAUGCCAAAUAAUAUUUGUAAACCAUAUGUGGACACUAUCAAAAAAGUUCGAGGCAAUUCUAAAAUUAUCGAUCUCAGUGCUGACUACCGGUUCUCAUCACCGGAUAUCGCCUGCUACGGGCUACCUGAACUAUCUGACAGAAAUGAAAUCGCCAGAGCCAAGCUAAUUGCCAACCCAGGCUGUUAUGCAACUGCUGCACAGCUCGCAAUUGCUCCACUUGUUCCUUACACAAAAGGCCGUCCCUCCAUUUUCGGUGUCUCUGGGUACUCUGGCGCUGGCACCACUCCAUCAAAGAAAAAUGACCCUGAUUUCCUAAAUAAUAACUUAGUCCCUUAUGCUCUCACCGACCAUAUUCAUGAGAGAGAAAUCUCGUCCAAGUUAGCCACAGAUGUCUCAUUUUCUCCACAUGUUGGCCAAUGGUUCCAAGGCAUCACUUUGACCAUUAACAUUCCAAUUGCUCCGGGUUCUUUGUCCAAGGAUAGAAUUAUGAAAAUAUACAGAAAUUUCUAUGCAGAUGAGGUUUUAGUGAAGAUUAUAGAUGAAAUUCCACUCGUCAAAGACAUAGCUGGGAAGCAUUAUGUUUCGAUUGGUGGGUUCCAGGUUAGUCAGGCCCAAGAUCGCGUGGUGGUCGUCGCAACUAUAGACAAUCUCCUAAAGGGAGCUGCAACACAAUGUUUACAGAACAUAAAUCUUGCGCUAGGCUACAGCGAAUACGAAGGGAUACUUCCAUAA